GGGAUUUGAGAAUUGCAGGUUGUGCAAGGUAUUUUUGUUCUAUGGUUUCAAGAUUAGUUAAUUAGGACUAAACAUUUCAAAAACUGGGAAAAUAAUUCUCAAGCAAGGACGGGAAUACCGAUAGUCUCUACCAGUCUGUAGUAUAACGGAAUACAGAGCCUGCGACGCCGUUAUACCGACCCUAAUUUUUACGAUGCUCGGGGAUCGCCUUCUUCCCGCCUGCAUCCAACUCGACACGGAAGAAGUUCUAAAUUACAAAUAACAUCCAUUUCGCUUCCCCCUAAAACAAAUCCAAUGCCACCUAUCUCUUUGCAGCCCCCGCCUUCUCCUUCUCACCCCCAUUCGCGUCCUCUCUCUCCCCCAAGCAACCUCUUCCUCGACUCGGCUGCCGCCGUCCGUCUCCUAAACUCCUCCGCCGCCCAAAGAGAUCUGAGGCUUACCACCUGCCUCCAUGCUGGCCUCCUCAAGUCUGGCCUCCAUUCCAACGUCUUCGUCGCCAAUUCCCUUCUGGACGUCUACUCCAAGUGUGGCCGUCUGGACAGCGCCACAGAGCUUUUCGACCGAAUGCCCCAAAGAGAUGUCGUCUCCUGGACCUCCUUGAUAUCCGGUCGCUGCCACGAUGGAGCAGCUCAUGCCGCUGUCUGUGUCUUCUUGAACAUGCUGUCAGAAGAAGCAGCCCCUCUUCCUAAUGAGUUCACCGUUGCGGCUGUCCUUGGGGCUUGCGCGCUGCUAAAGGACGAGAAGUUGGGGAGGAUGAUGCAUGGUUUCCUUAUCUCUAAUGGGUUUCUUGGGGAUAACUUUGUACUUAACUCCCUGAUUGAUACUUACUCGAAGUUAGGGUCGAUAGCGAGCGCAGAGAAACUUAUUAAUGGGUUGAGCUGCAGGGACGUGGUUUCUUGGACUACGGUGAUCUCAGGUUGUGUCCUCCAUGGGAUGUUUGAAAAAGCCUUGGUUUUGUUUAGCACGAUGUUGGAAGACGGCAUUCGACCAAACGAGGUGACCAUGUUGAGCAUCAUUCAGGCUUGCUCGUUGAUGAGAGAUUCAGGUUUAUUUGGUUGGGUUCAUGCUUUGGUUACAAAAUUGGAGCUGGAUAGCAAUGAUUUGGUGGUUAAUUCUCUUGUGGAGAUGUAUGCAAAGAAUGCAUUUGUUGCCGAGGGGAUAAAGAUGUUCUUCGGAUUCUAUUUUCCAAAUGGAGAUGUCUGUUCUGAUCCUGAUGUGGUUGCCACCCUUGUCCAUGGUUGCUCACAUUCAGAAUCCUUGGAGCAUGGGAAGGAGAUCCAUGCAUACUUGAUUAAGAUGAAUUACUUCCCGUGCACUAUAAUUGAGAACUCCCUCAUGGGUAUGUAUGCAAAGCACGAGCAAGUUGAGUCAGCCCAUUUGAUCUUCAGAAGAAUGGAGAACAGAGAUAUAGUAUCUUGGAAUACAAUGAUCUCAUGUUUUGUGAAGCAUGGAGGCAUUGCAGAAGCUUUGCAACUUCUCAGUGAAAUCCAUGGCACAACUGCAGGUGCGCUGGUGCCUGAUCAUGUAACAAUGUUGAGUUCAAUACAAGCAUGCUCUGAGAUAGCAUCACUCCAACAAGGCCAGAUACUACAUGGAUAUGUGAUUAGAUCAGGCUUUGAUCAUGAUGUGUUUAUCUGUAAUGCUCUCAUAGACAUGUAUGCAAGAUCGGGCAGGAUAGACUUAUCCGAGCAGAUAUUCAAAGAGAUGGAUAUAAGGGAUCUUGGCUCCUGGAAUUCUAUGAUUGCAGCUUAUGGGAUCCAUGGAGAUGGUAAUUCAGCUCUAAAGGUUUUCAUCGAGCUUAAGAACAGGGGAAGACAUAAACCAAAUGGUCUAACAUUUGUUAGUCUUAUUUCAGCAUGUGGUCAUUCGGGAUUGACAGUGGAAGGCUAUGAGUGCUUCAAGAGCAUGCAUAGGGACUAUGGAAUUGAGCCAAGCAUGGAGCAUUAUGCUGCGGUAGUGGACCUUUUGGGGAGGUCUGGGAAGCUCGAUGAAGCACUGGAAUUCCUUAAAAUUAUGCCCAUUAAGCCUGGACCAUCAGUGUGGGGAUCUCUUUUGGGUGCUUGUGGGCUUUAUGAGAAUGUUGAGAUUGCAGAAAGAGCUGCGAAGGAGCUUUCCAUUUUGGAACCAGAUGGAAACGUCUGGAGGGUGGCAUUAUCAAAUGUGUAUGCGGUGGCUGGAAGAUGGGAAGAUGCGGCAAGGUUGAGAGCUGAGAUGAAGAGAGAGGGAUUGAGAAAGGAGGCUGGAUGGAGUUAUGUUGAGGUAGGAGGCGUCGAGAGCUUUAGGUUCAUAGUGGGGGAUACAAGACACCCACAAACUGAAAGGAUUUAUGAAGUAUGGCAUAGUAUCAAGGAGCACAUGUUAGAUGCUUGUGCAGGGGCAGUUUAAUGGAGUUGGAUGGUAAGAACUGAGGUGUUUCGUGCAAUCAAGUUUUGUAAAAUUUAAUGAAGAAUUUAAACCAAACAUUGUCAAAGUCCUUUAUCAUACUAAUGAUGGGAGAGGAAAGUGGUUUGCUUGAUUGAAGAAAUGAAGAUUGUGGUGCAGAAAGGAUGAUCGAACAAAUGAAGAUUGUGGUGGAGAAAGGAACAGAUGGCACCACUGAGGUAGAGGGGCAGAACGACACAUGUUAAGAAAGGGAGACUAUAGGCGCAAUGAUAUAUUAUGACUUAAAGGAAUACCUAAGAAGGAUAAGAGAGAGCUUUGAUCACCAUCCUGGGAAGCAGAUCACCAUCCAGUCUACAUGAAGAAUUAAACGAGUUCCACUUUCAGUUUGGACUGUUUUGAAGUAUAGGUCACGUAAAUUCAGAUUCAAGCAUCUUCAUUUUUUUGUUCACGAAUGUGUCUAAAUGUUACGUAGGUUCGCCGGUAUUUUUGUUGAGAAGUUGGCGGUUUAUUCCUUGUCUUUGUUUGCUUCACCAUCAUGCAUGCAUCGUUGUAGUGACUAGUGAGCUCUGUAGAACAUUUUGAUUUGCGUCCAUUCUCCAACCAAGCUGAUGCUGCCCUGAGGUGGAUUUCGUUUAGCGGACCUGUUGUCUGCACAUAGCUUGGUGGUUUUUUGGAUGGUUGCGUUAGAAGCAAUUUAUGGUCAUUGACAAUGCUAGAUUUCAAUCAAGGUCAGAGGCUUGACUGUUCUAUUCUAUCGUGGAUAGGUGGUCAUU